AUGACUGCUUUGCCAGAGAUUGUUACUAAUUUUGCAUCACCAAAGACUGCUUUGCAAGAGACUGUUACUAAGUUUGCAUCACAAAAGACUGCUUUGUCAGAGACUGUUACUAAUUCUGCAGCACCAAAGACUGCUUUGCAAGAGAUUGUUACUAAUCUAGCAUCACCAAAGACGGCUUUGCCAGAGACUGUUACUAAUUUUGCAUCACCAAAGACUGCUUUGCCAGAGACUGUUACUAAUUUUACAUCACCAAAGACUACUUUGCCAAAGAUUGCUACUAAUUUUGCAUCACCAAAAACUGCUUUACCAGAGACUACUGCUUUGCCAGAGACUGUUACUAAUUUUGCAUCACCAAAGACUGCUUUCCCAGAGACUGUUUCUAAUUUUGCAUCACCAAAGCACUGCUUUUACCACCAGAGACUGUUACUAAUUUUUGCAUCACCAAAGACUGCUUUGCCAGAGACUGUUACUAAUUUUACAUCACCAAAGACUGCUUUGCCAGAGACUGUUACUAAUUUUGCAUCACCAAAGACUGCUUUGCCAGAGACUGUUACUAAUUUUACAUCACCAAAGACUGCUUUGCCAGAGACUGUUACUAAUUUUGCAUCACCAAAGACUGCUUUGCCAGAGACUGUUACUAAUUUUGCAUCACCAAAGACUGCUUUGCCAGAGAUUGUUACUAAUUUUGCAUCACCAAAGACUGCUUUGCCAGACACUACUGCUUUGUCAGAGACUGUUACUAAUUUUGCAUCACCAAAGACUGCUUUGCCAGAGACUGUUACUAAUUUUGCAUCACCAAAGACUGCUUUGCCAGAGACUGUUACUAAUUUUGCAUCACCAAAGACUGCUUUGCAAGAGAUUAGACUGCCUACUAAUUUUUUUGCAUCACCAAAGACUGCUUUGCCAGAGACUGUUACUAAUUUUGCAUCACCAAAGACUGCUUUGCCAGAGACUGUUACUAAUUUUGCAUCACCAAAGACUGCUUUGCCAGAGACUGUUACUAAUUUUGCAUCAACAAAGACUCCUUUGCCAGAGACUGUUACUAAUUUAGCAUCACCAAAGACUGCUUUGCCAGAGAUUAUUACUAAUUUUGCAUCACCAAAGACUGCUUUGCCAGAGACUGUUACUAAUUUUGCAUCACAAAAGACUGCUUUGCCAGAGAUUGUUACUAAUUUUGCAUCAACAAAGACUGCUUUGCCAGAGACUGUUACUAAUUUUGCAUCACCAAAGACUGCUUUGCCAGAGACUACUGCUUUGCAAGAGACUGUUACUAAUUUUGAAUCACCAAAGACUGCUUUGCAAGAGAUUGUUACUAAUUUUGCAGCACCAAAGACUGCUUUGCCAGAGACUGUUACUAAUUUUGCAUCACCAAAGACUGCUUUGCAAGAGAUUGUUACUAAUUUUGCAUCACCAAAGACUGCUAUGCAAGAGAUUGUUACCAAUUUGCAUCACCAAAGUCUGGUUUGCCAGAGACUGUUACUAAUUUUGCAUCACCAAAGACUGCUUUUGUCAGAGACUGUUUCUAAUUUUGCAGCACGAAAGACUGCUUUGUCAGAGACUGUUACUAAUUUUGCAUCACCAAAGACUUCUUUGCCAGAGACUGUUACUAAUUUUGCAUCACCAAAGACUGCUUUGCCAGAGAGUGUUACUAAUUUUGUAUCACCAAAGACUGCUUUGCAAGAGAUUGUUACUAAUUUUGCAUCACCAAAGACUGCUUUGCCAGAGACUGUUACUAAUUUUGCAUCACCAAAGACUGCUUUGUCAGAGACUGUUACUAAUUUUGCAGCACAAAAGACUGCUUUGUCAGAGACUGUUACUAAUUUUGCAUCACCAAAGACUGCUUUGUCAGAGACUUUUACUAAUUUUGCAUCACCAAAGACUGCUUUGCAAGAGAUUGUUACUAAUUUUGCAGCACUAAAGACUGCUUUGUCAGAGACUGUUACUAAUUUUGCAGCACCAAAGACUGCUUUGCAAGAGAUUGUUACUAAUUUUGCAUCACCAAAGACUGCUUUGCAAGAGAUUGUUACCAAUUUUGCAUCACCAAAGACUGCUUUGUCAGAGACUGUUACUAAUUUUGCAUCACCGAAGACUGCUUUGCCAGAGACUGUUGCUAAUUUUGCAUCACCAAAGACUGCUUUGCCAGAGAUUGUUACUAAUUUUGCAUCACCAAAGACUGCUUUGCAAGAGACUGUUACUAAUUUUGCAUCACCAAAGACUGCUUUGUCAGAGACUGUUACUAAUUUUGCAUCACCAAAGACUGCUUUGCAUGAGAUUGUUACUAUUUUGCAUCACCAAAGACUGCUUUGUCCCCAUUAG